UACACAUAUUGGACUUUGUCCCACAAGCUCAGACUUGCUGGUUGAAACAUGAAGCAAGUGUCAAAUACAAUCCUGCUGCCUGACGACAAGCUCAAGGCAAACAUCUGGAACUGGACUCAUCAAGAUUCAGAAAAUGUCCAAGGCGGUCUCUGUAUUCCUGACAGUCCUCUGCUGUCUGGUGCUCAGAUCCUCUUACUGUAAGGGCAGUAAGAUCCUAGUGCUGCCUCAUGAUUGGAGCCACUGGAUCAACAUGAAGGUUAUCCUGGAAGAGCUUCACUCUAGGGGUCACGAAAUCACCGUUUUGCACUCUGCCAAAAGCUGGUAUAUCCCCAAUAACUCCUCCAUUUAUACCUCUGUUAAUAUUCCAUCACUCUUGGAUGACCUGGACCCGAACUUUUAUGUGACAAUGAUGCAGGAUGUCAUGGAUUGUCGUGGCCAUCCUACUUUUAUACGCUCAUUUUGUCAACACAAUUUGAUUACAUUGAUGUUAAAACACAGCCAUAAGAGUUUGGUGAGCUUGGCAAGAAAAAUUUUACAGGAUAAAGUGUUAAUGAAGAAGCUCAAGAAUGGAAAGUUUGACCUCAUGUUGACAGACCCUGCGUUUCCAAUGGGGAUUAUUCUGGGUGGUUACCUCAAGCUGCCAAUGGUCUUUAAUGUCCGCUGGAUUAACAAUGGAGAGAGUCAUCAAUCCAUAGCUCCAUCUCCUGUCUCCUAUGUCCCUGUAUCAGGAAGUGAACUUCAUGAUCAGAUGGAUUUCUUAGAGAGGACAAAGAAUAUGUUGCAUUACUGUUAGAAUUAUUAUUUGUUUAAUCUUACUUAUAUGAAGCCUAUAGUGUUAUGCCACUUUUAGAAGUUUGUUCUGUCUGUUGUUUGUUCGCUUCUUGUGUUGCAGAAGAUAAGCUGCAGGACAGGAACUCACCCCAACAGCCUCGAAGAGAAUGUGCUGUUCAAGUUAUCUUAUAUGGAUAAGAGUUGCUGUGUCAAGCUUCAACAGAGUAUACUUCCCCCCCCCUUUAGCUUCAUGUAAUUAGGGCGUUCCUAAUCUAAUAAAAGAGCGAGGCGAGCAGAGAAACUUCAGAGUGUUGGUCGGAGAUUGUAACUGAAGCAUUCUCUGAGGCACUCUCCUCGCGAGUAAAAACUA